AUGGCUUCCUUGAAUAUUCACAGGACAACGUUGUUAAAUGACGAUGAAAAACGAUGGUGUGUUUAUGGAAUCGUACUCAAUCAUGUUUUGAUCCCAGCUAUUCACAACUUUCCUUCACCAAAAUAUUCCCUCCACGAUCUACAUUAUGAAAAUAUCAACAAUAAUGAAACAAAGGAUAAGAAAAAGUUUAACUACAAAAUUACAUCACAUGUCGACUUUGGAAAACUUUUCCUUCAAAACAUGGCAAAGUUUAACAGUUACGACAGUUGUGACGCAUCAGCAGUGCUUAAUUUACUAGAAUGGAUCCCAAUUUUUUCCAACCUGGUCCAGAAUGCGGCAAAAAUCGUUAGAGAUGAUAGAAAUUCUUGGGCUCACUGUAGUUUUCUGGAAUUUGGUGGAACAGAUUUUCACCAGAAAAUCGACAAUAUGAAGCAACUUGUGAAAGAAUUGUGUUUAGAAACUAAAGUUUUAAAUGAUAUAAAUUAUUGGAAAAAUCAAGCUUUGACAUUGUGGACAAACGACCGUGCUUUACGCGAAGAAUUAAAAGGGCACAUUAACAGUCUUUCAAGUGAAAUUGAGGAAAUAAAAUUCGAAAAUGAAGCUUGCAAAAAAUUAUUGCAAGACACGCUUAACAAGUCACCUGAUUUUUUCAGGUCCUGA